GGAAUCUAAAAGCACUGCAAAAAAAAGUUGUCGAUUGGCGACAAGCUUCAGCCCAGCGAACCUCCACAUCUUGCGAUCCCCCGAACCGUCAGAUACCUCCCUCGCUGUCCGUCUGCCACCAUGUCCGCCGCACAGCUUCUCAACCCCAAGGCCGAGUCCAGGAGGCGGGGCGAAGCUCUCAAGGUCAACAUCACCGCUGGUGAGGGUCUCCAGGAUGUCCUCAAGUCCAACUUGGGCCCUCUGGGCACCAUCAAGAUGCUUGUCGACGGCGCCGGUCAGGUACGAAUCGAUUGCGAAGCGGGGACGAUAUGCAGUGACUGACCGCCAGGGGUAACAGAUCAAGUUGACCAAGGAUGGCAACGUCCUCCUCCGCGAGAUGCAAAUACAGAACCCCACGGCUGUUAUGAUUGCGCGGGCCGCGACAGCACAAGACGAUAUCUGCGGAGACGGCACAACAUCAGUAGUUUUGCUCGUCGGCGAGCUCCUGAAGCAAGCCGACCGCUACAUUCAGGAGGGUCUCCACCCUCGCAUCAUUACAGAUGGCUUCGAGAUUGCGAAGAACGAGGCUUUGAAGUUCCUCGACCAGUUCAAGCUUGCCCGCGAAGUCGACCGUGAGCUCCUCCUCUCCGUCGCCAGAACCUCUCUCGCCACAAAGUUGAGUGCCAGCCUUGCCCAAACGUUGACCCCCUCUAUCGUCGAUGCCGUCCUCGCUAUCUAUCAAGCCCCCGAGAAGCCCGAUUUGCACAUGGUUGAGAUCAUGAAGAUGCAGCACCGCACUGCCUCCGACACACAACUCAUCAAGGGCCUUGCCCUCGACCACGGCGCGAGGCAUCCCGAUAUGCCCAAGCGUGUCGAGAAUGCUUACAUUCUCACCCUCAAUGUGAGCUUGGAAUAUGAAAAGACCGAAAUCAACUCGAGCUUUUUCUACUCCAGUGCCGAGCAGCGGGAUAAGCUGGUAGAAAGCGAGCGUCGCUUCGUUGACGCCAAGCUCAAGAAGAUUGUUGAUCUCAAGAAGCAGGUGUGCGGAAGCGACGGCAAGAAGAACUUUGUCAUUAUCAACCAGAAGGGCAUCGACCCCCUGUCCCUCGACGUCCUCGCAAAGAACGGCAUCCUCGCGCUACGCAGAGCUAAGCGGAGAAACAUGGAGAGAUUACAACUCAUCUGCGGCGGUGUUGCGCAAAACAGUGUCGAUGACCUGACCCCAGAUGUUCUCGGUUGGGCUGGCCUCGUUUACGAGCAGCAGCUCGGCGAGGAGAAGUACACAUUCAUUGAGGACGUUAAGGACCCCAAGUCCGUGACCCUCCUUAUCAAGGGCCCCAACCAGCACACCAUCGCCCAGGUAUCAGAUGCCGUUCGUGAUGGUCUUAGAAGUGUUUACAACAUGAUUGUCGACAAGAGCGUUGUUCCUGGCGCUGGUGCCUUCCAAGUCGCCUGCGCCAUGCACCUCAAGAGCGAUGCUUUCAAGAAGACUGUCAGAGGCAAGGCCAAGUGGGGUGUAGAUGCCUUCGCCGACGCUCUUCUUAUCAUUCCCAAGACCUUGGCCGCCAACGCUGGUCUUGACAUUCAGGAUGCCUUGGCUGCUCUCCACGAUGAGCAUGCUGAUGGCAACGUUGUCGGCCUUGACCUGGCUACAGGCGAGCCGAUGGAUCCUACCCUCGAGGGUGUGUACGACUCUUUCCGUGUGUUGAGAAACUGCAUUGCCUCCAGCUCGGGUAUCGCGUCCAACCUGUUGUUGUGCGAUGAGCUGCUGAAGGCGAGACAGAUGGGCCGAUCAGGUGGACCUGGCCCGGGUAUGGAUGGUCCCGAGCAGUGA